AUGCGAGUUAUUUUCGAAUAUGAGUUCUAUCAUGGAGCUAAUGUAGCGCAGACAAGCCUAAAUGUUAACGAAGCGUUUGGCAAGGAUGCAGCUAAUGAACUUACAGUACGUCGAUGGUUCAUGAAAUUCCGAUUUGGGGAUUUUGAUCUUCAAAAUGAACCACGCGAGCUGUCUAAAAGCAAGGUGGGUGACAACCAACUGAAAGCUGUAGGGGAAGCAAAUCCAUCUGAAACGAUGCAUGAACUUGCAUCAAGGUUUGAAGUUACCAUUCCAACAAUAGUAAGUCACGUGAAAGCAAUCGAAAAAGUAAAAAAAGCUGGAUAA